AUGAAGUUUUUCGACAUCGUCACGCACCCGCAAAACACCACGUUCGAUAAGAUACCUCUUUUACACUGCUCGAACUUGACGCAAAUCACACGAGGAAAAUCAUCAUCAUCAUCAUCAUCAUCAUCAUCAUCGAACGAGGAGAACAAAAUGAGAGCUCAAAUAGAAGAAAACGGCAUCAGAUGUGACUUAUACGUCCACGAAUCCUUAUGCAAUCGAUUCGGAACGUUACACGGAGGGUGCAUAGCGACAAUAGUGGACGUGUUAACCACGUGCGCGUUACUGGUGGACGAUGAAAAUAGCGAAAAAGGUGGCGGCGUGACCACGGAUUUGCACGUCUCGUGCGUCAAAAGUGCUCGAAUGCAUUCAACCGUCACCGUCGAAGCGAUAUCGAAACGAUUAGGGAAAACUAUGGGGUUUAGCCAGUGCGAGUUAAGAGACGAAAAUGGAGCCGUCGUGGCGUACGGAACGCACACGAAGUUUUUAGGCAUCACCGGGCCUAAAUUAUAA